CUCCGCCCUCUCUCAGUUGUAGAUAAAAGGCCAGGUCCAGCCUCUGGUCGUCCAUAUUGAAGUCGGAGGACAUCUCGCGUCUUCAAUCUCGCAGCAGCAGCACAGAGAAAGCAGCACCAUGUCUGACGAAGGAAAGCUUUUCAUCGGUGGUCUCAGCUUCGACACCACAGAGCAGUCUCUGGAAGAAGCUUUCUCCAAGUAUGGUGUCAUCACAAACGUCCAUGUCGCCAGAAACAGGGAGACCAACAGGUCGAGGGGAUUUGGCUUUGUUACAUUUGAGAAUCCUGAUGAUGCAAAGGAUGCCCUGGAAGGCAUGAAUGGAAAGUCUGUGGAUGGCAGGGCGAUCCGUGUGGAUGAGGCAGGAAAGGGAGGUGGCAGCCGGUCAGGUGGUGGCGGUGGAUACAGAGGUGGUGGAGGAAGAGGAGGCGGUGGAUUCUUCAGAGGCGGAAGAGGUAGAGGUGGGCCUCGAGGUGGUGGAGGUUAUGGCGGUGGUGACAGAAGUUAUGGCGGAGACCGGAGUUAUGGUGGAGGAGACCGCAGUUAUGGCGGUGGAGACCGGGGCUAUGGAGGUGGUGGCUACAAGAGCGGAGGUGGUGGCUACUCUUCCGGGGGUGGCGACUACAACAGGGACAGGAGUUCUGGCUACGGAGAUCGUGGAGGCUCCUACAGAGAUGGCUAUGACCGCUAUGCUGCACACGAGUAAACCCCAAGACCCAUCACUUCACUGGCUGUGCGUUUUUCUAAAGAUGCACUCCACGGAUCUGUCAUUCCAUAGUUUUCUUUUGUAUUUUUAAAAUAUUGUUGAAGGGGUGGGGGGCUAUUCAUAUUGGCUGUGAAAUGUUCUUUGCAAGGAGCAUCUCUUGGAUGCUCUCUUACAUUAGCAAUUUUUUUUUUAUACUGAGCCUCUUGUGAGACCGAACGUUCUGACCAUUUGCCACAGUAUUGCUCUCCUUAUUGGUCCAAAAACCCCUUUCAUUUGUAUUGGGGUUACUGUAGAUUGAAGCCUAAGGGAUGUCUUGCAUCUUGAGCUUUAUAAAGCCAUGAGCUACCCCACAUUUUAACAGGCAACUACCUCACCAAAGGGCAUUUUUAGCUACUGUGGUUUUUGCUUUUUGGUAAACUAUUCAAAUAUAACUGAUGUAACAAUGAUGAAUCAAGCAGUUUGAAAUAAAAAAUUUAAAGUUUAAUAGAAUAUAAUAAAAGACCUUUUUGUCCAUUUCAAGUAUCCAAAAAGUGAAUUCCUUUCAGACUGGUGAACUGCUCGAGUGAGGUGGCCAGCACUGGUGCUGUUCUUGAAGUGCAGCUUGCAGCUUGCCACGUUCAGCCUCACUCUCCCCGAGGUAUCUCUGCUCUGCUCAACGUUCUUGCAUUUUUAACCAUGUGCUGUAAUGAUGGACCGAAACUCCUAAAAAAAAUAUAUAUAUAGUGCUCAAUGUGGAAGAUAAGUUAACUCUGAAAACCUGUUACUAUGACUCCUUUUAAGAUUGGGGAGAAUGUGCUCUGUUCUUUGUAUCGACAUUGACUCACUAUUCCUUACUUUGUUUUGUGUUUGUUUUGAUUUUUGGCUUCAUGGAGCCUAUUAAAUGAAACCAUUUCUGGAAAA